GUAAACUUCAAAUGAAAACGAGCUCGUAAUUGCUUUAUAUCGAUCUCGUUACGUGGAUAAAUGAAUGUUGGUAUAUUAUAUAUUGUACAUUUGGCCGUAACUUGUCCUGCUGAAGGCGGUGGCAUUAACUGAUCCCUGACACAGAGUGACUUUACACGCGACAGCUUCACAUCCUGGUUCAGUUCGACAUGAAAAGAAACGGCGCGUACAAGUUCCUGUCAGUUUUCUCCUGCUUUAUCGUCGUCCUUUUCUUGUUUUUGUUUUGGUCCUUCAUAAUCUACUCAAUGGUGCUUGCACCGUAAAGCCCAGACGAGAGCGAUUUCUACCGUGGUUAGCCACUAGCCAGUAGAGGCUAGUUUGACGGGCUACUUACCCACAGUGCAUUGCUUUGUUGACAGCUUGUCACAUGAUCAGCUUCCCCAGGAAGUAAGGAUUUGUGUGGCCUAUUAGUGAAGGUGCGAUGGCCUCUGAUCCCAGCGGAGCAGCGUCGUCGCCUGCAGAUCUCAAGCUGCAGUUCGCUCCCUUCAGCAGCGCUCUGGAGGCAGGUUUCUGGCACCAGCUUACUCAGAAGAAACUCAAUGACUAUAGGCUGGACGAGAGCCCCAAAUGUAUCAAGGGAUAUUACUACAAUGGUGACACAGUUGGUUUUCCCACACGUCUGACUUUGGAGUUCAGUGCAUUUGAUGUGGAUGGUCCAACUCCAGCUCAUUGUUGUCCAGCUGUUGGAACACUGUACAACACCAACACGCUCGAUGCCUUCAAGACCACAGAUAAGAAGGCUCUGCUGGAGAAGGAAGCCAAAGAGAUAUGGGAUGCCAUACAAUCUGGGGCUGCACUGAAGGACCCAUCCAUCCUCUGCAGAUUCAUUCUGCUGACCUUUGCAGAUCUGAAGAAGUACCAUUUCUAUUACUGGUUCUGCUUCCCUGCACUCUGCUUCCCCGAGGGUAUUAAGAUUGUCCAGCCACCCUCUGUCCUUGAUCAAGUUUUCUCAGCAAAACAGAUCACAGCCUUACAGGAGGCAUAUGACGACCUGUGGAUCAAAAGUGGAGCAGGUCCUUACUUUCUCAUGAAGUACACGGACACAACUGUUCAGCUGGCUCCCCUCGGAGACUGGGAUACGUUCUUCACAGAUACUAAAAAGGUUACCGUGGGUUUCUAUGAUCCGUGCACACUGGCUCAGCAUCCAGGCUGGCCUUUGAGAAAUCUACUGAUUCUCAUAGCUAGCCGAUGGGGGUCUAAGCUGGACACAGUGGAGGUGCUGUGUUUCCGGGACAGAACUCUGCAGGGAAGCCGCUCCAUUCAGCACAGUGUUAUGAUCCAGGUCAAACUACCUGAACUUUCCAACCACUUAGCGUGUCCAAAGAGUGUUGGGUGGGAGAAAAACCCAAAGGGUGCCAUGGGACCCAGGAUGGUGAACCUUAGUGAAUGCAUGGACCCAAAGAGACUUGCAGAGUCCUCAGUGGAUCUUAACCUGAAGCUGAUGAGAUGGAGGUUAGUUCCUUCCUUGGAUCUGGACAAGGUGGUCAACACAAAGUGUCUUCUCCUGGGAGCUGGGACUCUGGGCUGCAAUGUAGCCAGGACUCUUAUGGGAUGGGGAGUGAGACACAUCACAUUUGUAGACAAUGCCAAGAUCUCGUACUCCAAUCCAGUUCGGCAGCCUCUUUAUGAGUUUGAGGACUGUCUCGACGGAGGGAAGUCAAAAGCGAUGGCUGCUGUUGACCGACUCACCAAAAUCUUUCCAGGCGUGAGUUCCAAAGGAUACAAUAUGAGCAUCCCAAUGCCGGGUCACCCGGUCAAUUUCUCCCAGACGACUCUCUCCCAGGCCCAGAGGGACGUCGAGCAGCUGGAGAAGCUAAUUUCAGAGCACGACGUGGUUUUCUUGCUCAUGGACACAAGAGAGAGCCGCUGGCUGCCGACAGUGAUAGCCGCUAGCAAAAGGAAGCUCGUGGUGAACGCCGCUUUAGGCUUCGACACUUUUGUCGUGAUGCGCCACGGGCUGAAGAAGCCCCCCGUCAGUCAGAAUGUUUCUGCAGGAGGAGACUCUUCCUCUUCCGGUUCUUCUGCCUCGUCUUCGUCCUCCACACCAGCCGGCUCUGCAUCCUCUACGCCAGGAUCCUCUCUGUUCUCCAACAUCCCAGGGCAUAAGCUGGGCUGCUACUUUUGUAAUGAUGUUGUGGCACCAGGAGAUUCUACUAGGGACCGGACCCUGGAUCAGCAGUGCACAGUCAGCAGACCAGGUCUCGCCAUGAUUGCUGGAGCCUUGGCUGUUGAGAUGAUGGUGUCCAUCCUGCAGCACAGUGAGGGAGGCUAUGCAGUGGCCAGUAGUAGUGAUGACAGGAUGAAUGAACCUCCCACUUCUUUGGGUCUAGUGCCACAUCAGAUCCGAGGCUUUCUGUCGAGGUUCGACAAUGUCCUGCCUGCGAGCCUGGCUUUUGAUAAAUGCACUGCCUGCUCACCCACUGUCCUGGAACACUUUGAGAGAGAAGGUUUCAACUUCCUGUCCAAGGUUUUUAAUUCCUCCCACUCUUUCCUGGAAGACCUGACUGGACUAACACUCUUGCACCAGGAGACGCAGGCAGCAGAGAUUUGGGACAUGAGCGAUGACGAGAGCAUCUGAAGGACGAGAACAAGAACAAAACCCGGAGCCGCUGAACUGAACCCCCGCGGGGGCAAAGCGAGUGAGUCACCGACGGGUCAGUGGACAACAGUGAAUUAAACAGUCAUUAAAGUAUAUUCCCCCAGAAACAAGCUUCAUAAUAACUAUUUAAGACAUUUUGAUUCAGUGUAAGAGUUUAAAAAAUGAUCAGUGGCAGAAUAAUGUGAUUAAGAUGUAACAUCAGAAACAGGAUGGAGGCGGUUCGUUCACUCAGCUCUUUGAAACACUCCACAUUUCUAUUUUGUCUAUCUUUAAAUAUCUACUUCAGUCACAGGUUCACUGUCUCCAUCAGUGCAUGUAAUGGAUUUGCUGAAGAGCCUCUUGGCUUUGACGAACGACAUCUGCUCACUCGUUCAGUUUGAAGAAGAAAAAAAAAGAAGAAAACAGAGCUUUUGACCAUUUUAUGAAAAAUGCAAAAAAAACAAAAAAACACCGUCGUCGACAACUCUGCAAAUCCAUCCAUCUCCCUGUGGUGUUUACUAGUGACUGCGCUAUAUACAGUAGUUAAUACUAAAACCAGCUUUGUUUGUUUCUCUGAGAAAUCAUGCACAGAUGUUAAUGUACGAUUGCCACAAAUCAUGUACACGGCUUAGCAGUUUAAGCCGAAAGAACCAACAAUAGAAACAGAAGGUCUUCAUUUUCUUUAUGUGCUUGUCUGUAUAUUCUUUCUUUUUUUAUUCACUCUGUGCCCUGUGUUUGAUCUGCUAGCAUAAUAUUUUAAAAAGCAGCUGCUUGGAGACUUAAAGACGGUGAUUAGUGCAAUUUUGAAAUAAGACACUGAAGUCUAAAUUGGGAGGAAAGUGAAGAAUUUACAAAUACAAUUACACUGUUUAGACGUUCGCCUCCAGAUUUAUCCUCACGCGGGAUUAAACUCAGGAUUCAGACUGUUCAUAAUUAUCCGAGUGUUUGUUUUUUUUGGGCCCUAAUUCUGUUACGUUUUUACCAUGGAGCUAAAAUAAAGUGUGCGUCUUACACCAUUUA